UCUAAUCGGUAGCGAUUGAUGGCAGCAUUAACUUGUACCGUACUAUGCUGCCAUCUACUGAGUGAUUUUUUGCGUUGUAACGUAGUUCAUUUGUAUUUAGAAUGGUCAGUGUUGCCAAUACGUAAUAUUUCAUCAGUGUAUACGUUGCAUAAAUCAACUAUGAAAUGUAUUUUUUGUUGGAAUUGUUAAUUGAAGUAGGCCGUAAAGUUUUAUUUUGUUAUGGAGAUUUUCCGCGAUGCCCAUAGUAUUCUCCUUGUGCUUCGAGAUUUUUUGAAAAAGUACUUACGGGUUGCAUGUAGCCUUUAUGUCUAUUUCGGUUAUUACGGUUUAAUUAUUAGAUAGGCUGCCGUUAGGAUAGUGCGUGAUAUUUAUAUAACAAACGCUCGGUUUCAGGUAUCUUUCACUACAAGCAUGGGAACUUUAGUCUGUCCGUUGUGUUGUGAUGAAGAAUUUUCAAACCAGCUGUCACUCAGAUAUCACUUACUGAGUAUUACAGAUAAUGUGUACUGUCCUGAAUGCAGUCAGCGGUUUGAUAGCAUUCUCCAGCUUGCUGACCAUUUGGAUGGCACGUGCAGAAAAGGAAAUUUUAGGAAUAAUGAUGAAGAAUGUACAGCAGACUCUGACAUUAAUACAGAAGACAGAAUUGAGGAAGAGAUGAUGAUAAUACAUGAAAGUGAAACACCUCAAACAGAAGUUGUCACUGUGCUAAAUAAUGCAGAAAAUAUUAAGUCUGUUUUCCAUGAGGAAGUAGUGGAACAGGUGAUUGCGGUUGCUGCUGACACCCAGCUAGAUGGUUCAGAAUCAGUGUACCUUGUAUCAGAUGUUGGUGUUGAGGAAACUGCUGUUACUGGAAUUGAAAGUGAAUGUGCAGAUAUCACUGAACAGAAAGUGGAUGUUGCAGUUGAUCAUGAUAAUUCAACUGUCGCUGUGGAAGAGAGUUAUGCAAGCGGAAAUUAUGAAAUUACUGUCAGGAGCACUGUCACAGCUGAAGAGGACUUACCAGUGAAACUCUGUGACCUUGAAAAAAGUGAAUUUGUGGGAGAGAGUAGUCAGGAGUGUGGUGAAGCUGUGCAUAGUUUAUCAACAGCUGGUGAAAUGCUCAGAGGUAGCUCAGAAUCUGAAACUGUUUUACCAGACGUGCAAGAUCCAGCUGACGGACAGCUGGGUUGUGGGAUUUAUGCGUGUUCGAGCUGUGGAAUUACCUUCAGUUCUGUUAUAGAACACAUAAGAAUGUACCACGGUGGACAGGAAGUUGUUAUUGAGGUGCCAGAGGUUAAGAAGAGUGCUCUUGAGAAGUUGAUUGGGGCUUCAAAAGAAGUUUUGGGAACCAGUGCCGAACAGGUGAUAGAUAUGAAAGUUUUACCAGGGUCAAAUGAUACCAGUGAGACAGCAGAGCUGCAAGAAACAACAGAUGCUACAAAUUUUAUGUCUGGUUUCUCUGAAAUUUAUCCUGAAAACCAGAUGGCUACGUUGGAUUGUGCUGCUGUUAACAGUGAAACACAUGAAAAUACCAAACCAUGUUCGUGGUUUAAGGAGAGGAAUCGAGUUGUUGCGGAUGAAGAAAAAAUAAAGCAAAUUGUUCCAGAUCCGAAACGGGUCGGUGCGCCUGCUCAUACAACAGAAAAGCAUUUAACUAAUGAGCUGAAAUAUGUCGGUAAAGAAGUGAAAAUUGACAAAUUCUGGGAAACUAAACAGGAUGAGGAAAUGAACAGUGAAAAUGCCAGCACAGGAAAUAAAGUUAAAGUGUCUGCGUCAUCCUUACCUGCUAGACUGAAGAAGGAAAAUAGGAGAUUGGUUUUGAAGAGGGACACUAGGACCAGUAUCGAGAAAUUAUUUAGUGGUAAUUUUUUAUUAAAGGGAACAGGAGGUCGUGGAACUAGGCCAGGACCUUAUCUUGGUGUAAAUAGAGUUCCAGAGGUAAAAGUAAUCAUGAGUCCUGGUGAUAAAGGAACAGAGAAUGCAAUCUCUGUGUUUACAUGCAGUACGUGUCAGAAAGAAUUCGGUAAUGUAUCUGCGUUCGAGAGGCAUUCUUGUACUGUCGCUAAAGGUUGUACGAUGGUUUGUAAAAUGUGUGAUAUGGAUAUUAGUGACAUGAAAGCAAUGAGAGUCCAUAUGGAGUCUGUUCAUAACAUUAAGACGGAGGUUCUGAGUAUGGCAAAGAGGAAAUACAAAGUGCAAAUGUUGCCCAAACCUGUAAAAUGUGAAUCGUGCGAUAUGACAUUUACGACGCUGAGGGCUUUGAAACUGCAUAGCAAGAUGCAUGAACGGACAGAACUGAAGGUCCCCCUGGAGUGCCCAGUUUGUCACAACAUGUGUUCUAGCAACAGAACGUUGAAACAGCACAUGAAAGUGCACACAAAACCGUUACCUGCGAGGAGGAGCGAAGAUGACGCCGAGGCAGGGGAGGAGGAUGCGAUCGUUAAAGCCGAGAAGGGCGGGACGCACGGUUUGCUCGUGUGCAAAGUGUGUUACAAGUCAUUUGGUAACAACGAGGACUUGCGAGUUCAUUGGCAGGAACAUUUGGUGAACGAAGAAGAUGAAGAGGAAGAAAAGGAGGAGAAUCAAGAGGAGCAGAUGGAUGUUGUUUUAAAGGAAGUCGCAGUACCUGAGGAGGAAGGUGUGCAGACUAAGAAAAACACUGUGCCAUGUGUGAAGUGCCACAAGGAGAUAGAGAAGAGCUGCAAAGAGGAACAUAUGGCAAAACAUUUCUCACUUUUGAGGUAUGACUGUCAAAUUUGCAACAAGACCUUCAGUAAACAUGGUCAUCUCAACAUGCACAUGCGCAUCCACAGAGGAUUCAAGGAGUACUCGUGCAUCCACUGUGACAAAAUAUUUGCAAACAUGAACCUUCUCAGAACUCACGUCCAGUCUCACAUGGUUGAACGACCUUAUCAGUGUGGUUUCUGUGGACGCGGCUUCUUCCGACCUCAUGACAAAGUGGAGCAUGAACGCAUUCAUACAGGGGAGAAGCCCUAUUCGUGCUCGAUGUGUGGCAUGCGGUUCCGAGUGCGCUACUGUCUGACCCUGCACAUGAGGCGACAUACUGGUGUUCGUCCGUAUAGUUGCAAGAUGUGCGGCAAGACAUUCCGUACCGGCACGGCAUUCAAGGCUCAUACCAAGAUCCAUCUGGAUGAACGUGCGUACAAGUGCCCCUUCUGCCCGAAGAAGUUCAACACGUUGAUCCAACUGUCAGGCCACAAGAACAGCCACACGAAGCCGUACUCUUGCGCGGAGUGCAACCGGCCAUUCUCAUCUCUCUAUGCGGUUCGAAAACAUAUGUCAUCUCACGAGGAUGGGGUCAGUGGCAAGGUCCCACUCAAGUUCCAGUGCCACGUGUGUGGGGCGUCUUAUGCUCGCAGGUUUGCUCUCAGGGAUCACCUCAAGGUCCACAGCCACAACAUUCCUCCAGCAACAACUGAUAAAACUUGCUCCAAUGAUUCAUCAAGCGAUGUGUCAUGAGCUAGUGUUUGCUUUUCUUAGGUGAUGUUAUAUGAUAUCGAACAGCAUGAAACUACAGUCAAGAAUGGCGAGUAUUCAGUAUGUGCGUGCCAGCUUGUAACAGUGAGUAAAUAAAAAAUAGUUACGGUAGAAUCGAGAAAUUGCGCGUGAAAUGUUUGUCAGAUGUGUAAAUGAAAGGGCAUGAUGUUUUAUCCAGAAGUUGAUGCAAACUGAGCAGGAUAGUGUAAAAGUGGCACUCUGCACUUGUACUUAGUGGCUACCUGGUUUGAAUUCAGGCCAGGUUAUUUGCUGUUCUGGUAGUGAUUUGUUUUACUCUCUUCACAGUAAUACCCUCAAAUUGACCUUGACUGCCUCCUUCCAAUUUUAGAUUAACUCACUAUCUUAUUUAAUACUGUAUAACCUCUGCAGUUGAAUGAGUACGGUUAAAUAACCUAAGAAUUAUGCUGAACAUUGUUACUAAUCAUUGAAUUAUUAUUAUGGUUGAGGUUAUGUCCCAGGUUUAAACAUUUUUGUGUUGUUAACCAUCUUCACCCAAUGAAGCAAGUUUUCCUAGACUUGUCAGUAGCAGAGAUGACUGCCUUCUUCUGCAAGCGUUCAGAUUCAUUAUUCAUCCUUUCAUGUAGAACAGAACAGAAUUUAUUUACAUUUCAUAGGCCGAAGCUGAGGAUGUAGAACAUGUCAUAGCUCAAACACAACACUGUUCCAAAUGCAGAUAUAAAUUACGUAGUCAUAACAGUGAUUUACAGUAUAACUGCAAACAUAAUUACUCAAAAGAGCAUUACUACAGUUGCUUGGAUGUAUUUAUAAUAGCUGAGAACAUUUGGUUGAAGGGAAUUUUUCUUUGGCGUAUAAGGAGUGAGAUAGGAGAUCCACUUUUAAUUCUGGCUUAAACUUCUUUAUAUCAUGAUUCAGACUUUUGAUACUGUAGGGGGGGGGGGGGGUUAUGAAUAACUCAAUUCCAUUGUAGUAAACUCAUUUUUGAUAUUUAGUGAGGUUAGUGUUUGACACAUGAAGGCACACUUUUUGUGUCUUGUACUUACAUACAUAGUUUGAGCUACUGGCAGGGAUGUUAAUCCUAUGUAGGUGUUAAACUGUCUUUUGCAUCAAGGGAAUAGCAAGUGUUGGUAAUGGUUGUACCUAAGAAGGGACAUUUAACAGGAGGAUGAAGAAAAUUGCAUAACAAGGAGCUUCAUAAUUUGUACUCUUCACCAAAUAUCAUUAGGUUAUCAGAUCAAAGAGGAUGUGUGAGCACAGCCUAGUUUCGAACCAGGUUCCUGUUAAAUACAAGUCUACAGUAUUAUUGUUAUACCAUAUUGCUCAAUGCAGAGUUAAGGAGGUUGAAUAGACCUUAACUAGAACCAUUGGAACAUUUGUACGUUGAUGAUGUCAGCUGUAUGUCCGUAUUCCUUAACUCUGAUUUUUCCACUGUGAGUAUUGAGUUGAUUUUAGCACAUUCAUCUCAUACUGGUAUAUUUUGUUAUGAAAAUUGAAGCAUAGUCUUUGGAUUUUUCAAUUAUGAGAUAUACAGCUAUGUAAUACGUUAAAUUCUGAACCUUCUUCAUAGUACAUAUGGAACAUGUGCUUUGGCCUUGUUGGUAAAAUAUGUUUCUGUUUGAAUCUCAUAUUUCGGUCUGAGCUUUUAUCGUUGUGAACUUGUGAAUUACAACUAUUCUAUUUUAUUUAUAUUAACCCUACAUGUACCAGAACUGUCUGAGGUUUUAGACGUAAAAUUACCAAAAUGAAAUGUCUGUAACAAAACAUUAUUUUUAUAACUAAACCUAACCUACCCUAAUCUAAUGGGUGUUACACCAACUAAAACCUUUUAACUCCGAACAGCUGCAUCUGUUGAAAAUUAAACCAAAGUUGGUUUUCAGAGAAUCCUUUAUUAAAAAUUUAUGUGAAAUUCACAAACUUAUUUAUGUGGUCAAACACAAAUAUAAAGUACCUGCUAUGCAGGCAUCUAAGAUAUGUAGAAUGUACAUUUUCAAAAUUCAUGAAUUGAAAUAAGCAGAAAGAAAAGACUUCCCUUUUUUGUAGUAUAUUUAAAAUUAAAAUUAUGUUUUGAUUUGUAUUGUAUUACAUAGUACUUCCUGAUUGUGUCUUUCCACAUAGUUAAAGAGGUGCUCCAUAGAUGGCAGGGCAUGGUAGUUUUAUUGUUUUUCUGUGAUGUCCAUUUAAACAUUGUAAUAGCUCUUGAACCUGCCAAAAAAGAUUGAAGUAAUUGGUGUGUGACGUCUGCUAAGUUUCGCCCACAAUGUGCUAAAUAAAUAAAUGGAAGACAUAUUUUUACUCUGUUAAGUCACAACAAAUUUAAUUCCAUUGUAAUAUACUAAGUUUGAGUUGGAAGUGUGUCUCAUUUAUAGUGCAGUGGCUUUUGCAGAGUAUGCACCCAUUAGGAAUACUUUAUAAACUGUUUUGUUAUGAAAGUGAACAGAGUAGUUAUGUAUAUCUGUUACGGAUAUGUGCAAAUGAAUGGAACUGUAUCUGGCCAGAAUAAAAUGUUACUGAAUUUGGGA